AUGGCACCCAAAACCAAGAUCACGCCAAAGCCAAAGAAGCCUGCGCCAGAGCCUAUAUCUGACGAGCCUCCCAGCGAUGAAUCCCCAUCCGAGGAUGAGUUCGAGGACAAGGAAAAAGACCCAGCUAAGAACACAUCUGGACCCAGAACGUACUCGCAGAACAAGAACACUAUGAAGAACCAAAAGAGAAGACAAGAAGCCACAGGCACACACUUGAAGGAACUCAAAGCCCAGACUGCGAGCAACACUGCUAUAUCGAAGUUCGUCAAGGUCGUUGUCGAUGCUGUUCGUCCGCUAGUCGAGAACAGCUUCACUGAAUCGGAGCGGGCCGAGAUAGAAAAAGCCGUUAAGAUCCAGGCCAAGAAUGUCCAGCUUGCAAUUCAGUUUGCCAGCGGUCGCCACCCAUCGCAGGUCUUCGGCAGCAACCCUAGAGCCAAGAGAACGUACCUUGAUAGCCCUGACAAGUACUAUGCCAGACAGCUUAUCGUCUUUGUCAACUUGAUGCCGGUCACCCCAGAGUUCACGCAUAAGUAUCCUGGCGGCUGGAAUGCCCCUGACUGUGUUGUGCCUUACGCGAAAGACACAUACCAUGUUGAUAAUGGUCUCAUGAAGAAAUUGGCCGCCGAUACAGACGCUGACUUCGAUUGGGAUGAUACGGAACUUUCGAACCUUGGACAACCAAUCACUGAUGAAGAAGUCGAGGCUAUCACGUACGAGAUGAACGAAAAUGCUGCUGGGCGCAUCUCCAAGCAGCUGUGGGCCGAGGUCCAGGCAUAUUGGGCGAUUGUUGCUCGAGGUGCAGCGCACAAGUUCAACCUCUUGGAGCGUUCGACCUGGGACGAGUACGUGUAUAUGAUGACGAACGGUCGGUUCAAGACGUAUCUUCGGUACCUCGACCCCUCUCACACCGGCAAAGAUGAAGAGGAUCUGUCGAUUGAACCGCAGAACAGAGCUGCGGCGAUCCGUGAAGCAUAUAAUACGAGCAUAUUCCAUGGCCACUCUGGCGCCAAGAUCAUGGAGAUUGAUGGCGACUCCAACCUACCAAUCCCACCAAUAUCCGUCGCGUUCUCCCGCAUAGAGCGUGUCUGGAUUGGCAUCGUAUUCCUCGCGCAGAAAGAAGGACAAUUUGUGGACAAUGCCAUCCAGGUCGCCGUCAAGAACCACCCCCUUAGUCUACCAGCUCCCUUCGAUGCUCAGAGACUCGAUCCUCGUCGUUUUGCGGUUGAGUCUAUUGAGCCUGAUGAGGCUUGCAAGUUUCUCGUGGAGAUUUGCCAGGAAGAUCCCCCUGCCGACGAAGACGACCUCAAGUUUUUCACUAAGAUGCAGGAUAGAGGUUUGGAUUUGGAGAGAGGCGAUGACGACAAGUCCAGCGACAGUGACGACAACGGCGACAACGGCGGAAACAACGCCAGCGUGGAUAUCUUGGCAGGUCUCGAUACAGGUCAUGACAAUGCUCAGACCGAUGGCAAGACAGGAGGCGGCAAGGAGAGGGAUAGCGGUUAA